AACGUAAAACAACAAAUCGGCUACCCAGCUUCAGUGAACGUUCAAACAUCGCAGACUUCGGUCAGUACAAUUUUUCUGUAUGGGGUAGGUGCCUGUGUUUUUUUUUGGCGGUGUGCUUUUUUGUUCGAUCCCAUCCAUGGUGCUUGGAAGCCUCGAAGGUGAUCGAUUGGUCAUCGAUCUGUCUAAUUUUGAGUACCUGACGCAAUCAAUGCCGCUUCGCGUCUAUGGUCACAUAUCUGCGCCUUAUUUUGAACACGUUUUGAAGUGACGAUCUUCUUAGUUUUUUGUUUUGUUUUGGUGCGGACAUUGCACUAAGUGAAAGGGUGUAUGCACUUCUGAGAGUGCAGCUAGUGAAGUAAAUUAAUGUGAGAAGGUAAUUUAAUCCAGUUUUGCGAUUGCAACUUCGUGUUACAAUGGAUCGGUGAUUGUGAAGGUAACUUACUCAAUCGAAGUACACUCGAUACGAAUCGGCGGCGUUUGUUGUGAUCAAGGAAGCUUCGUUUUGCUGGGUGCAUUGUAAAGCUUAAUAAGUUGGAGCCGAAUUGAAUUGUACACCUAGAACAUAGCACGCAGUGAAAAAUGGAGGUUGCGUGGCGAUUUCGAAUAAUUUUCGCGAUGGGUUUUGCCGUCAUCAUAUUCGGUGAUUUGCUGGGCUAUGGAGGAGCUAAAAAAGACGAACAGGAUAAACCGCUGCUCACUGGGUUUACUGCCGGGUUCGCAAGUAGCAGCAGUAGCAGCAGCGGCCAGAGCCACAUUGAAAGCAACGCGAGAUCCGGUAAUGAAAACGAAAUCAGUUCCGCCGAAGGUGAAAUCUCUAGCCGGCGAUCCUAUAGCGCGGCCGGCAGCACCCUGAACUCCGUCCAGCUCGACACGGUAGCGAACAAGGAACGGCUGAAGAAUUCGCUUCGUGAAGCGUGCCUCCCGAAGCUGCUGUGCGAAAUGGCCGCCAAACCGAACUAUUCGCUGAAUGUGCGCGAAAGGGACCUUCUCUCGCUGAUACGUUCCACCACGUUAUCGCUGACGAUGGCCGUAAGUCCGACCAAGUGGCACUUCGCGGCGCAUAUGGGUCAGCUUCUGCGGGAUGCCGGUGACAGCUUGGUCACGCCGAUGGGAUGCUCGCACCUAUGGCCCAGCUGUCCGUACAGUUCGAAAAAGUUACUCAAACUGUCCAACGUGGUUCAGCUGAAGUGAGUCCAUUAGUUCCCAGUCCCGCGACCGAGGAAGUGUAGCACUUAUGCCUGUUAGGUUCCGGAACAGAGCGGAGCGGAUGAAGACGAACAUAGUGAGGGGAAACCCAGUAGUAUGGUGGAUGGGGUACGGUUCCCGUUGCCGCGGAGGAUCCACUUCAUCCAUCGUACACGGCACAUAUUAAAAUGCACAGUGUCCAAAUCCAGUUUUAAUGUUUUGAAGCCCCUAUUUUUUGGCGGUCAAUAUUUGCUGUUGGGUGCGAUGCACUGACGACGAGCACGGAAGAGGAACGAAAUUGAAAACUAAAUUGCUUUGGAAUCAAACACUACGAGCAAAUAGAGUACAUAUAGGUAGUAGGUAAUUGUUGCUGCUGUAAACCGCGUGUGAAUGAUUGUAUGUAAAUAUAGACGAUUACGUGUGACUUUUUGCUUCGCGCGAACCAUUCCGGUAUGGGGCAUGCAGUCGAACGUAUAUUAUAUUUCCCAGCUGUCGUCCGGAACUAAUUGUCGGUAUACAAAAAUAUGUGAUUUUAUGAUAAUUGUGAAUAUAUAAACUGUUUAUGUUGAAAUUAUUAGGUUAUAAAGUGCAAAAAAUUGUCGUGAUGAAUUAAUAAAGCGCAGUAGAUAAUGAUUCACAAUGUUUAUCAGUAUCCAUUGAUAGGCGAGUUGUAAAUUUUUGUGUAUUGAAAUUUUAUUAGAUAUUAUUAAUAAAUGAAGCGGGCCUUGUGGUUAGUUUAGUUCACAAAUCGUCAGUUUUAGUUACAUAAACUAAUGAUGAAAUGGAGUGCCUGGAAAUAGUUUUGUUUAUGGAAUGAAAUGGCCACCGAUUCAUAAAAUGCAUAUCUAAAUAAUACACACCAUUAGAUAAGAUUAUUUUGGUUUAUGAAUAUAAAAUAUAGAAAAAUCUACAAAACUUUCGUUCAAAUUACUGAAUAAUGUUCGUUAUUCGACUAGUAGUAGGUAUUUUGUGGCAAAUACAUAAAGGCGUUUCAAUACACUGGGGAACUAAUCGGCAAAAAAUAUGUGGGCUCCGCUGCUAACUGUGCAUCAGGGUGGUACAAAAAAUAGAUUCCAGCUCCGAACAUCCUUUUGGGUACCAUUUGGGUCCUAGAACAUCUGUGCAAAUUCUUAGCUUGAUCCCUGAAACUAUAUUUUUGCGCCCACUGUAUAAAG